AUCGAUGUAUCGCGUUUAUUUAACAUCACUAGUUGCAGAAGCGUGGUUCCAGAAAAAACGAAAAAUUUAUGAAAAGUGAAAAAUGGAAAAGUUUUUUGCAACAAGAACAGAUGACAACAACAACGACGUCAUUACAACGACUUAGCCAAAGAAACCAUUGGUGUUCUGUUAAAUACUCCGAAGUCGGAGCAGAUGUUAAAUGCAGAUGAAAUAAACCUGCUGACUGACAUUUGCGAGCUUUUAAAAAUGUUUGACGAUGCUACGCAUUAUGUCUCUGGCGAUACAAAGGUGACAAUUUCUUUAAUAAUACCGGUGGCGUGCGGAUUGUACCCAAACCUAGAAAAAAUUACAACCAAAUUGCAAACCACAGAAGGACUUGAAGUCUGUGAAUUAUUAAAGAAAGGAGUUGAAGCUCGAUUGUUUCAGUUCGAGAAAAGGACGGUAACUGGGAUUGCCACUAUGUUGGAUCCGAGAUUUAAGAAGGAGGCCUUUAGAAGUCCUUUCAACGCCGCGGAGGCCAUGAAGGCGUUAGAGGAUGAGCUAACAAUUUCUCCUACAAUCGAAUUAGAGCCAGAAGAACAAUCACAAAUAGGGGUCGACGGAUUGUCCCUAAUUGGGUACGUUCAAGAAAAAUGUCAAACUAAAAUCAAAAACAAGAGGGUGGACUUAAUCUUGGCACUUAGGCAGUACACAGAGAAGCCUAACUCUAUGCAGUCUCUGGAUCCUCUUACGUAUUGGAAGACUCAUUUCUUGGAAUACCCAAGCUUGGCUAAAGUCGUCAAGCGGUAUCUCUGCAUCCCGGCUUCAUCUACCGAAUCGGAGAGGAUGUUUAGUAGAGCCGGUCAAAUUAUAUCGGAUAGACGAACUUAUUUGAAGCCAAAGCAUUUAAACACGCUCCUUAUGCUUAAGAAAAAUCAGUGGCUGCUGAAUUAAAUUUUUUGUGGUACAAAGUCAUUAAGAGUAGUUUUCCAAAGAAUGGAUUAUCUAAACUUGUUAUUUUAUUUUUUAUCAAACGUUUUCUUUGUUUAAUUCGUAAUCAACAACAAUUCCCGAGGAACGGAUGAUCUCUCUUUUGUUAAUCUCAUUAUAUUCAUUAUAAUCUCAAGUAGUUCUUAACUUUAUUUAAUUUAUAAUCAACUAUAACAAUAUCAUGUAAUUCCCGAGGAA